AGUGUGUUUCCUCUACUUCCUGUCCAGGUCUGUACGAGCUGCUGUCACUGUUACCGUCUCAGCUCCAGAUGUAUGUAAAGAGUUCAGACGAUCGCUCGUUUCUCCACACCAUGUUCAGCUCCCGGAGCCUGCACUCGCUCGUCAAGAUCCAUGAGAAGCUGCAGCACUAUGAGGAAAGAUGUCCUGCUCCUGUAUUGGAAAGCGCUAGUGCUCUUGCUCAAGGACUGUCUGAAGAGCUCCAGAUGAAGCCUCUGAGUGCAGACAUCACCGAGCUGCUGAAGCUGCUCUCCAAACCUCAUGUGAAGAGUUUGUUGUCAGUUCAUGACACAGUGGCUCAGAAGAGUUACGACCCUCAGCUUCCUCCUCUCCCAGACGACAUCGACGAUGAUGAAGAUUCAGUCAAGAUCAUCCGACUCGUCAAGAAUAAAGAGCCUCUGGGAGCCACCAUUAAAAAAGACGAAAAAACCGGAGCAGUCACCAUCGCUCGUAUCAUGAAGGGAGGAGCAGCAGACAGAAGUGGGUUGAUCCACAUUGGGGACGAGUUGAAGGAGGUCAACGGCAUCUCGGUGGAGGACAAGAAACCAGAGGACAUCAUUAAGAUUAUGAUCCAGUCCGAGGGUGCCAUUACGUUUAAAGUGGUACCAGGUCCAGAGGCUGAGGGUCCAGCUAGUGAGCCCAAGAUGUAUAUAAAGGCGUUGUUUGAUUAUGACCCAGACAAUGACAAUGCGAUUCCCUGUAAAGAGGCAGGUAUGGCCUUCAGGAAAGGUGACGUUCUUCGGGUCAUGUCUCAGGAGGAUCCUACAUGGUGGCAGGCCAAAAUUGAGGGCGGAGCCAACCCUCGUGCCGGACUCAUUCCCUCCAAACACUUCCAGGAGAGGAGGCUUGCUCUUUGUCAGCCUUCAUCCAACACCCAACCUCAGAAGAUCUCUCGGAAACCAUGUCCUACAGGUGUGGGUUUGAAUGCGCUGAAGAGGAAGCUGUUAAUAUCUGACCCACAGCAUUUCAGCGUCACCGUCCCUCACACGUCUCGAGUGAAGAGGAAUCAGGAGAGUGACGGUGUGGAGUAUCACUUCAUCUCUAAACACCUGUUUGAAACAGACAUCCACAACAACAAGUUUAUUGAAUACGGUGAGUAUAAAGGAAAUUACUACGGAACGAGUCUGGACUCAGUCCGCUCAGUUAUCGCCAAAAACAAGGUGUGCCUUCUGGAUGUGCAGCCUCAAUGUCUGAAGCACCUUCGCACGGCCGAGUUUAAACCCUACGUGGUGUUCGUCAAGCCUCCGUCCAUCGAGCGUUUGAGAGAGACCAGGAAGAACACUAAAACCGUCUCAGGGAAAGGAGACAAGGACGUGUCCAAGGCCUUAACGGAUGAAGACUUUGAGGAGAUGAUCGGCGCUGCUCGGCUGAUGGAGAGUCAGUACAGUCACCUGUUUGACCUGGUGCUCGUGAACGAUGACCUUGCGACCGCGUUCGGGGAGCUGAAGCGGGCUCUGAGGAAGGUGGAGAUGGAGACGCACUGGGUUCCAAUCAGCUGGACGCACUCCUGAGGAACGCCACGGGACAGAAAAUGCACAGCGUUUUAAAAAUAAACGAGAGACGGAAGACAAAGGAAGAGGGAGAAGAGAUUUUUUUUUUAAGCUGACCGAACUUUCCUUUAGCCUAAAUCCGGUGACGGGGACGGUUCGGUGGGGGGGGGACGGGGGACUUUAACGGCGCUCUGACAAUUUUAUGAGCUCCUGCGACACUAAAAGAAGGAAUUUUGGGUUUGUUUUUGUGUGUUCUCGGUCAGCUCGGCCGGACUCGGGGCGAAGUGUCAGCGAAAUCGCACUCAGAACAUCGUUAAACACGGGAUCGUUUAGCGCAGCUGUCGAAGUGUGUGUUUACUCGACAGCCAGUCAGGCGGUCGUGCAGCAUGUGAUUUUAACUUUAAUUUAUAAACACCAAAGGGAUGAGUUUCUGUUUUGUUUGUUUUUUUCUUCUGGCUGACUCCAUUUUUUGCCGGAUUUUUGGGAAGUCUUAAAUUGCGAUUCCUUUUUUUUUUUUAAACCACACGAUGCCCAGGAAUGAGCUCCUCUUGGGUUUCUUCUAUUUAACUAGAAAAGUAAUAUAUUUUAAUGAUGUUCUGAGGUUUGUGUACUUUUUAUAAACAAAAAUAACCUCCUGACUUUUUUCGGUUCGGACUCUUUUGGAUCAGACACGUAUACAGGUGAUGGGUUUAUAUCUAUAAAUCUCUCUCUCUUAUCCCAGGUACACGGCAUCUCCACCUCAUUAAAGUGUAAAACUGUC